AUGCGGGGUCAGGGUUGCGUGGGUCUUGGAUGGUCUUUCCAGGCACGCUUCAGCCGGAAUUGCUCAAGCUCAUGCCCUUGCAAGUUCAUGGCCUCUGUUUUCAAAGAUGCUGCGUCGGCGUUUUCCUGCACCGUGGCGGUGACGUCGGCCAACCCUGACAAGCUUGCAGCCAUCGAGUCUGCAUUUUCCAGUCACUUCGCGAAAGAGGGGCGGUCGCCUUCGAUCAGCGUCGUGCCCUGUCCGGCAGACAGCGGAAUUCCGCACGGCCAGCCGUGGGGUAUGCAGCACACGUAUGAAGGUGCCCUUGCCCGGCUGGCCAACCUCAAAUCGUCAGGAGCUACGGCAGACUACUACGCAAGCGCCGAGAACGGUGUCUGCGCCCUCCUGCGGCAUGACUCCACCAUGGCCCUAGAUGUGGCCUGCGUGAUCGUGGAGAGGGCCUGCGACGGAAAGCAAGGCGUAAACUUCAGCCAAGGCCGGCCAUAUCCGCUGCAAGAGAUUCAGAAGAUGAAGUGCGCCGGGUCGUCGAAUGCAGAAAUCGGUGACUUCUGCCAGAGAUGGUACGAGAAGAUGGCGCUUCCACUCUCUCGGCAAGAUCAGAUUCGCACUGCUGCAGCACUGGCGCUGACACUGGUCGAAGCUGAGGCACACGCAGAAGGAACAGCACCCAAGAUGCCCUGA